UUUUUCUUUCCCGGCUUGUUCCUCCUCUCAAUUAACAAACCAAUCCAACCCAUUACAAGCAUACCCAAAAUGCCAUUCCUCAAGGCCGAGGCCGCGAUCCGGCGCUUCCAAGCGCAGCACAAUCUCCCAAUCCGUGGUGCUGAGGUCUUGGACGACACCGAGGCCAUCUACGAUGACGGCCCGCUCGGUCCCCAAGUCGCCGACCGUCAGCCCGUCGCCGCGCACGAUGGCGACAGCGACGAGGUCGACGCUGACGACAAUCACGACGACGCCGAUGCCGAAAUGGCAGAGCUCGCAGACGAGAUCCGACUGAAGGAACUGCGAGAGGAAUUCCAGGCUGGCCGUGCAGCCCCCACACAAGAAGAGCUCAACGAGGCUACAGAGGAUGUCGAGACUAGAGAGUUCAUUCGAGCCGAGCGAGUCGCGCAGCUUGAGGACGCCGUGAAGACUUUGAAGGACAUCGGACAGCAGGACAGCAUCAUCGGCAAAGGGCUCACUGCAUCUCUCGAUCUCGCCAAGCAUCGCGAUAUUGAGCAGCGCCGCAAAUUCAAUAAGAUGAAGCGAGAGCUGCGGACGUGGAUGUAUACGGCUUUGGAUGACAUGUUCAAACCAUCCAUCGAAGCCAGCCAUACAAGGAUGCACGAAAUCAUGCUCGCGGCCAUUCCAGGACUCGGUCCGGUCUUCGAUGAUAUGCUCGAGGACAUAAAGUCGAAUGAGGACCAGCUCGAGGACCAGCUCGUGGCCCGGUUCUCCGAGAGGGCCAAUAAUCUGCGCGCCGAGGUGUCCGAGAUUGCCAAGAAUAUGCGCGCCGAGGUGCGCGCCGAGAUGUCCGAGAUGUCCGAGAUCGUCAAGAAUAUGCGCGCCGAGAUGCAGGUCGAGCUGCGUCAGACGGGAGCGGGCGACUCUCAGCGCCUCGCGACCCUGGAGAACAGGGUGGCGCUCCUGGUCCACCGUGAGGGCCGCAACGGCCGCCGCCUCGAGAAUAUCAAUGAGGCCAUUGAUCGCAAGCUCGACCGGUUUGAGAGGAAGCUGGACAGCAUCGAGAGGAGGCUGGACAGCUUGGAGAGGAAGGCGUGAUGGGCCUGGUGGUGGGCUGACAUGGCAUAGCUGAGGAAAAGACUAUGGAUGGCAGUAUUGGGAGGAAAGCCCAGAUAGGAGCUUUUGGAAUGUGCAAAAUAGCUUGGGCCAUUAGUCGCUGAUAGGCAUUUCACAUUCCAGCAUUUGCAAUCCCAAUCCCAGAAUUUGAGCAGA